CUGUUGAAGACGCACACUGAUUUUGAAGUCCUUACGACAAAUUCCGUACGAGGAGUUUGUUAAAAUACAAGGCAUGACAAAUGGCAGUGAAAAAGUUUUUCAAAAUGGUGGACUUCUUGUUGGAUGCUUUUUGUGCGUGUGAAUAAAUUACAUAUGCCCUGUGAAUUUCAUUUUCUAUGUUAAUCUUUAAGGCUGGGCUUCAAUUUAGACAUUUUUUAUGGGGCACUUUUGAGUUAUUUUGUGUCAUACAUGUCAAUGACUCAUACAAAAUGUAAUUUUGUGUCUCUUCAGACAUGUGUCAAGUUUCGUGACUGUUGGCCAUUCCUUGUCGCUGAAACAAGGAAUUGAUUGCGGCUAUUGAUGUGUUGCCAUGGCAACGGCUUUUGAUCAUGUGUCAUUCUCAUGUAGCGUCCAUGCUUUAUUAAGAGGAUGAGGAUUGGUCGACAUGUUAUGUUCCGAUUUAACCUUAGUCAAUCAGAGGCAGAGUAGGGGCGGGGCUACCUGGAGUAUGUGUAAAAAAAAAUAGCCGGGCAACCAGAUCCACUUAAGCAAGCUGAAGGUUAGCAUCUCUUCUACUGUGUUUUCACUUGUCAUUUUUAAUAGGAAAUAUGAGUUCGGGAUAUGUUACAUGACGAAAUAUGUCUUGUGACGAUAGAACAUGUUUACUAUUACACAUAUUAUGCUAUAUUUUUUAUUUCGUAAUACGUAAAUUAAACCUUUUAUGACAAUAUCUUUUUAUUAGUUUUGAGUCUCUUCAUUGCUUUUCGGUUACUUUGUAAUAAAGUACUGUUCUUGGAUUUUUAUUUGCAAAGCUUUGGUCAUAGUUAAUUCUCAACUUGUCAUUGCUGUGUUUCGCUGCUCUGCAGCUCUGCACAAAUGGUGGGGUGGGGGAUGGGCAGCGUCUGCCGCGUUCAGAAAGUACUAAAGAGUAGCGAAGUAGCGAGAAGGCGACUUGAAAUGAUAGCAAAAUUCAGCAGAGAUAGUAAUUGUUUAUACGCCUUAUGAAAUUACGACCCCGUGUAAUUAAAGUGUAAAAGCAUAUACAGGCUUGUAGUUGCACAAUUAAUUACUUUUUCUCUGAAUUAAAAAUGUGCUAUAUCUAUAUGAUAUAUGAUAUGAUGUGAUAUUUUUGUUUUGUUUUCUUUCCAUAGUAUGUGGUUAUUAAUUAAGUAUUUAUCUUUGUUGUUUGUAGUUUAAUUAUUGUGUCGGGUUUUAUGUUGUUGCGCAGAUGGCUGAGGCAUCACCCUCGAAAUUCAGUAGAACUGAUGAUGCUGAGAUGGAGCAGCUCCGGCAGGAGCUGCAGCUACAUUCUGUAAGUGAUUAAUGUGGUAGUUUUUGUGUAGAGAGUAUUUAUGAGAUUCUUUAUGAGUUGGACAAAACACAUCGGAAAAAUAAAUAUGGUAUUUGGAAAAUAAUAUCGACAUGAUAAUAUGGAAAAAUACAAUGUUAUGCUCAUACAAAUCAAAUUCCAUGUACAUAAUACUUUAUAAAACCGGCAAAUACUUUUUUUUUUAAAUCAAGGUGUGAUUUUUACCUUGCUAUUGUUUAUUUUUUUUUAAUGUUAUCAAGUAAUUGGAUUCAAAUCAGCAUGUGUUUAUCUGUUCACAGUAUUCAUGCAACGACGAGGCAGUGCCCCGACGCCAGCUAUAUGAGCAGAGCGUCGGGGUACAUGGCCGAGUCUGCCACAAGAUGGCAAAAGACAUUCGUCUUCGCCGGGCGGCCGAGAUGAAGCUGCGCAUGGAGCAGCAGCAGAAGCAUCAGCUUCAACUGCAGCUGCUCCAUGCGCAGCAGCAAAUAAAGGAACUGCAGGAGCAGUUGGAGGUGGAGCGGGCGUGUGCCUGUUUUAUUAAAGAUGGUAAUUGUUUGUUCAGUUGUGGAGAGGCUAUUGUAGAUGUUAUUGAGUACCAUUGCAUGUUUUAUAUUCAUAUGCAUUAUAUAUAUAUAUAUAUAUAUAUAUAUAUAUAUAUAUAUAUAGUUCAAAAGAAUUUAUGUCAUAAAGUGUUAUUGUCACAAUGACUGUUUUAAUAUUUUUGUCUACCAUGUCUGCAGAUGCUGCCAUUCCUCCAGAGGAAGAGGAAGAGGAAGAGGAACCCUCCACCUCAUAAUUUUUUAAAAAAAUUUUUUUGUUGGUUUUGUUCAAAUAAAGUUUUUUCAAAUGUUCUUGUGGUUGUUGAUUGACUGUUAUCAGGUGUAUUAGUCACAAUAUUAUUUAACAGGUGCCCCUUGAAGUGUGUGUUAUUCUGUUGUCAAUGCAGAAGAACCCCCUCCACCCACAAUAUUAUUAAUAGGUAAAUUUUAAUAAAGUUAUACUAUGUACCAGCUCCAUAUUUGGGUUUUAUUGGUACACAGUCACUUCUCUGUUCAAAAAUAAAACAUUAUAUUGUUUUAUUUAUAGCUUUAUGAUUAUUUUCACAACAUAGAUUAAUCUGUAAAAAUUCAUGAAAUGGAGCAAUUUAGUUGUUAGAGUAACGUGAGUAAUUACUUAUUAAUAUCCUUUUUUAUGUUAUUUUCAAUAUUUUUUAUCUAACCAGGUCAGUAUUGGUUUCUGUCUUUUUUGUUUCAACAUAUUACCUCUUGAAGCAUUAAUACUCAGUUUAUUUGUAAAGUACUGAUUAAUUUUAAAUGUAGCAGUUCAUUACAACUAUUUCCUUUUAAUAACAUUGUGCGCUGGAACGCAAAGGCUUUUAUUUUGACAACUUCCGUAAUGGUAUCCGGUAUGUUUUUUUCUUCAGCAGCUUUGCGCAUAUUUGUCGGCACUCCUGGUUGGCUGAUUUGAAUUUUGAAAGCCGCAAAGGUUAAGGUAUAAAUACUGGUGAGAUAACGUUUGCCGCUUGUUGCUUUGUUUUCGGACAUUGUGACAACUGGUGAGAGAGCGAUAGCGCGAACAAGCUAGCUUGUGAGCCUUUCUGCAAUUUCAACAGCAACUUCAGCAGCGACUUUAGCAGCGACUUUGACAGCAUUCUUCUUCUCUUCGGUGGACUUUUGGUGAACGCACUGUAAGUGAAUGAAAUGUUUUAUAAUUAGCGACAAAGUUUUAAGGUAUUUGUGGCUCAUUAUCAUUUUAUCCUCAUGUGUGUCAUUAGCUCCUGUGUGAAGUCAAUUAUAGCUUUAGGAACAGUGUUUUUUUAUGUUUCGAGUAUGGUAAUUUCAAACGUUGUCCUAUGAGUAACGUACGUUUUGUGUUAACGGAUAGCUGCACUCCCACUAUCGAAAUUUAGCUUUAGCAUUAUUAUUUGUAUUGUUAAACAUAGAUUGUCAAAGCACUCUGCUAAACUAGCUAUGAUUAACGCCAUCCUAUCAACCAAAUAUAGCCACUUUUUCUUAGUCUAUGGUCUGUAAACUUGUACACAUCGUCGGAGUCCCUUAUAUUAACCAUGUUAUUUUAUCAGAAAUUAUAUAUCCCUUGUGGCCAAGUUUCUUUCAUUGAUAAAGUGUGUGUGUGUGUGUGUGUGUGUGUGUGUGGGUUGGCGCGCGCGGUCUGUCUAUUACAGAAAACAAUAAUUUGAAAUAUUUUCCCGCCAUUGUAAAUGAUAUGUUAGAUGUAUGAAAAAAUGUAAUAGUACCUCUAUUGUGUGUUAGAAGUGUUUAGUAAUGUCAUAUAGCACAGUGUCAUAAUGUAAAUUAACCAGUUGUGUCUGCAUAUUUUCAGAUGCCUCGCAAGAAGUCCUUUCGCCGUUCUCAGGCAGCCAGGCAGAGCAUGGCGGAGCGCCGUCUUGUGGUUUCCGGACCUCAGCGGCCUUCCACUGGCACCUGUGCCCGUGAGGGCACAGGUUUUCGUCAUAAGGUGAAGAAGUGGCCAAUUUCUGCUUUGACUGGGCGCAGUCACAAAUUGGUCAUUCCACCUGAGGAUCCUGACAAGAAGUUCGUUCUUGUCAUUGGAGCCUCCCAUCUACGGGCCAUGGUAGAUGGAUUUGUGAAGAUGCCAGAGGGACGCCUCUCCUUUGGCUUCAUGUCGACCCCGGGGGCCUGUGCGUCUGAGUUGAGGACCGAGAUGUUGCAUGCUGCUGUACCUCGGACACCCGACGCAGUCUGUGUGAUGGCCCCCAGCAACAACCUGACCGCCAGCAGGACGGUUGAUGAGGCGGGAGCUGACUUUCGACAGUUCCUGCGCAGCGCGUGCAGUCUCUGGACAACGGUCUUUGUCCAGGAUUUCACACCUCGCCUGAAUGCAGACCUGGGUAUUCAGGAACUCAUGCGGCAAGAGUUCCAUCGUGUGGCAGCCAGCAUGGGUAUCAGAUACUUUCCCACCGCUGAGCACUUCCCCUUGGAUCGCCUGGACUUGUGGAGCAGAGAUGGCGUCCACCUGAGUGAUGCUGGCGGUAUGGCGAUCCUCUCUCAGCUGAUCUGGAUGUCUGCUUAUCAGCUAUUGGAGACACCACCACCUACGCCCCAGGUUCCUCUCAGGACUUCACCCCCUGGGAGAACCUUUGUACCAAAGGUGGUGGUGAAGGGAGAAGCACCUGUGCCGCGUCCGUCAAACCCUUUUGACUGGACAGUUGUCAGCAAGGGCAGGAAGGUGAGACAUUGCAUAUUGUAUGUGUGUUUUAGUUUUUGGAGUGGAAGAUUUUUCCUGACUAGUGUAACACUGUGCGGACAAAGUGAUAUCCAUUUGUUGCUGUACCUGUGUGCAUGUUUUGGCUUAUUUUCAAGAUACAUUUGCAACAAUGGUCUUGUUCUUUUGUUUUCCACAGGCAGAUGAAACAUCAGUCAAGUGUUUCAUCCCGCUGAAUCCCGUCCGUUUCAGCAGUGCCGUGUUGGAUGCGAUGGACAAAGCUGUCCCAUCGCAUCUCCCUAGCCCUGUGUGCACGGCUGUUCCACAAGGCAAACUGGUAAUUUGCAUUCAAAUUGUAUUUGUGAGGCCUUUUUAUAAGUGUUUUGUCUUGACACAGAAUGGGACUGUUAUAUUGUAUGAAUUUACUUAUGCCCCAAAUUUGUAUUUGUAUUUAAAUUGUUUUUGUCUUA